AUGUCCUUGGGGCUCAAGCAGUUUUCAAGCAGGGUUGUUUCCCCAAUUUUCAAUUGCUGGCUCAUGCCACAAAGUAAAAUGGACAUGGAUCCGCCUGACGAACCACUCGCGGGAGGGGGGUGGGCUGCCAAAGUACACUCCUUAUCGUCUAUGGCUAGUUCGCAGCAGUCAGGAAAUCGACCCCAUCAGCGCAAGGAGCCGCAGAGUCGGUUGUCACAGAACAGCCACAAAGAAAUGAGCAUUCAGAAAACCCUCUCGCGCCUGGAAGCUGAAUACCGUGUCUUUCAGCUCUUUCCGACCGCAGCAGACGGCGAGGAGAGGAGUUGGGUUCAAAACUUGGUUCUUUCCCGGCAUUUUAAGUGCUUGGUCGUCGGGGUGAUCGUUGUGAACGUGGCUUUGAUUUCUGUAGUGGAAAGUGCGUGGGAGUGGGAGCAAGUUGUUGAUGUGACCUACACGAUCGAGCGGAUUGCCCUCGUGUUCUACCUGGCAGAGUGGAUCAUUCGAGCUUUGGCCCGAGAGCUCAAAACUGAUACGUGGUGGAUGCUGCUGGAUUUCUUUCUGAUAUCGGUUGGUGCCGUUGCGCUGAUACCCAAUCCGUUCUGUGUCUCCGACACCACCACUCCCACCGCCACCACCACGGCCGCCGCCACCACCGCCACCACCAGCUCCUGCACGGCGUUUCAGCAAUCUUUGCUGAUGGUGCGUCUGCUUCGUCUGUUGAAGCUAGUGCGAGUUUCAAGAGAAUGGAGACGCUUCAACGCCAUGUGGGUGCUCCUUGAUGGGUUGAUCCUUGCUUUGCCUACCAUAGCGGCGGCGGUUAUCUUUGUUGCGAUCAUGUUGGCCGUUUUCGCUGGCUUGGUGAACACCGUGCUCAUCAACGACGCAGACUUGCGGGCGGAUCCCGUCCUGAGCGAAUUGGUACGAGAUAAAUUUGAAACGUUCCCCAAGGCGAUGCUUUCACUAGUCCAGUUCCUUUCUGGCGACAAUCUCUCGGAGCUGUACUUUCCGCUUGUGUCGGCCAAGCCCGAACUGGGAUUAAUGUUCUUCCCCAUCUUGAUCAUGAUCACACUUGGGCUUGUGAGCUUACUGCCGGCAAUACUAUUUGCGAACAGUGGUCGCGAAAAAGAGCGAGCGCAGUUCCAAGGGCACGAACAUUUCAGGAAACUCGCCGAGAAGCUUGAGGAGGCGUUUCAUGUGGAGGGAUUUGUUCACGUCGACCGCGGCAGGAUCGAACAGGCCAGCAGUCAGCACAAAGGUUUCGAAACCUUCCACUUUCCAGAUCUGUUUGACCUCUUGGCCAGCAAGCUGUGUCUAAAUGAGAAGGACCCAACGCUGAGCGUGGAGGAGUUCGUAAGCGCAGUCAUGGACAUCUACGUGUUCAACGUGCCCGUGUCCACUGUGGAGAUGAAGGCGCAAUUGCGCCGACUCACCAGGUGGGUCACUGGAGGCAUCGGCCGAGUCGAGGCCAAUUUGGGGAGAAUGCAAGACCGGCUCCAGCGAUCAGAGCUCGAUAUCCAGAAUCUCCAGAAAACGGUGACAAACAUGGACAACAAGCUCGACCGCCUCUUGCAGAAGUUGGGAGUAGAUGAUGUGGCACUGUCGUUUUAG